GAAGCUGCACCGUCCUAGAUCGCAUGAGAAUUCUUCGCUCCAACAACAACAACUCUUCCGCCGCGUCGACUGCCUUCUAGUCGGCUUCGUCGUCUUCCAGCCUGUGUGCCUGCGAGGCGGAAACAUUUGAGAUAGAGCCAUGAGUCACUUCAACCCGGGGCUUAUUUCAGCCUACAACAGCCUCACAGACAAACACCUCACCGGCUACUUCAGCAGUACUCGCAUUAGGAAACACUUGCAGAGGGCAGGACUGAUCACGAGGAGUGGGCGUAUUGUUCCCGACAAAGAGUACAGACACAAACUGGUCCAGAGAGCCCACAAGAGACAUGUCAGAGAGUGUUUGGCCCAAGCCAUUUUCCUUAAGGUGCUGGAGAUGGAGCGUCUUCAUCAAAUAGAGAUUAAAAGAAAACUGGAGGAGUUUGCCAGAAGGGAGCGAGUGAACAAGAUGAAGGUGGAGCGUUCUAAACGAUUUGAAGAAGACACACGGAUUAUGACGCCACACCCACCCACGGGUGCUAGGGCUGUCCGGAAACAGCACUCAGGACCUGUGGCGGGUCACUGUGGAUCCUCAGAGUCUCCUGGUUCGUCUCGUCCCAACACAGCUCCGGGAAAGAUGCAGAGGCCUGUGCGUUUGAAGCCUAUCCACAACAACAACAACAACUCAGCCUCCUCUCACAGACUCCAUGAGGUGUUCAAGGACCACCACCCCCCAUUCAACUGCACUAUGGAGAGGGCGCCCAGGAGGCACACGACCACCUUAGAUCCCCCCCACGGCGUCUCACCUUACUGCCUCCCGGUCGUCAACAACUUUGUUAUGCCCCUCCCUCCGGCCACUAAGAGGAAAGAAAGGGGGCCUGACGGUGCUCCCAGAAGCACACUCAGGCGACGACGCCUGCGGCCCGUCACCGCCUCCAGCGGAGCCGACGAGCAGCCUCUCCUAAGGACGACAGUGCAUCAGAGCAAAGUGUGCGUCACCAUGGUGUAUUUUGGGAAAUCCGUGCAUCUUUCCCAUGACCUGGACGACCUGCGGGAUGAGAUCAAAGUGUUCCAGCAGCACUGUGGAGGAGAGAACCUCUGCGUGUACAAGGGCAAGCUACGUGAGGGAGAGAUGUUCCAGUUCGUGUCAAGGCGUCAUCCAGGUUUCCCCUUCAGCCUGACCUUCUUCCUGAAUGGGCUGCAGGUUGAGCGUCUCAGCUCAUGCUGCGAGUUCAAGCACAGGAAGGGUCCCAGAUUGGGCGGCAGGCACGGACACUUUGGCUUCACCGCCGUAGAGCGGGCGUCACCUUGCUACAAGUGCAUCAUAGCAAUGGGCCUGGACAAAAAGCCCACUCCUCCACCAAAGAAGGUCAACGAGAAGGUAGGAGGAGAGGAAAGCAGCUCCAGCCUGAAGGAUGCACCCAAAAUUGGGACGGUUAGAAGCACAUACCAGUCAGGACGCGAGAGCAGCUCUCCGCAAGAACAACAAACCCAGCACGGACAAAAAGAUGAUUAUGAGGAGGACUUUGAAGCAGAGGACGAUAAACUGAAUGAAAAGAAGACUUCAUCUUCACCAAAUGAGACAGACGUGCAUACAAAAUCUUUGUCUGACUCUGAAGACGAGACGGCCGAAGAAGAAGGAGAAGAAGAUGUGAGGCCCCGUUCAAGUUCAAGCUCCACUGAGGAGAGUGAUUCUGAGCCUGAGGAAGAGGUAGAAGAAUCGGAAGAGAUCCUCCAGAAAGAGGAAAUGGCUUCACCUCCAGUUGAAGAACACCAGGGGAAUCCAGAAGUCAUUGAGGAGGAGUCUGCUGAGGUCAAGGGGUCGGAUGUAGAAAACAGUGCCAUGACCCCCACAAUUGUAGAAGUCUCAGACAGCAGCCUGCCCACAGCGGACGAGAAAGAACAGACUGAGGAAACACCAGAGGAGCAAAAAGUGGGCGAGGAGGCAGAGCAUGGGGGCGAGCAAAAGGAACAGGAGAGGGCCAAAUCUGUGCAGGAGAAGUUAGCUGAAGCCAUCCUGAAGGAGUCCCGGUACAGCUCUGAGCCAGAAUUGAGCGACACCAGUACUGAAGAGGAGGAAGAAGCGUUGGCGUCCAAAAACCAAGAACAGAGGCCAGAAAAUGAUGUAGCAGUCAUGGGGACAUCGAUAAUAAAAUGUGAGGAAAGUCCUUCAAAAGAUCACGAGGAGCCAAAUGAUCAAGCUGAAGCAGACCAAGAUGAACCACAAAAGAACAAGGAGCACCAGGAAGACAAAGAAGCAGAUUGUGAAGAGAACAUACCUGAAGGUGGCAGGACUUUAGAAGCUCAAUACAAUGCUUUGGCUAUAUCUGUUGAUGCAGAGACAACAGAAACCAAGGCAGAGAAGCAAGAGGCCCUCAACAGUCACAUGAUGCAAGAUGAACUGGUUUCAACAGAAACUCCUGCUGAGAUAAAAGAAAACAAUGUAAAUGAUGAGAGCAAUAAAACGGAACCUAUUGAGCGAGAAGAAAUAGGUAAACCAUGUGAGGAAAUCAUUGACCAAAUGGCAAAAUGUGAGGAACAAACAAAUCCAGGUCAAGCUGAGGAAAAUCUUACAAAGGAAGAAAACACUGCAGAGGAGACUAAAGUGGAUGUAAACGAAGUAGAGACAAAGAAAGAUGCAGCAGAAGCAUCCCUCAAGGAGGAAAACAAUGAGAGAGAAGACAGUCAUGGCCCAAAGAGCAAUGAGGCUAAGGAAGAAAAGAAGGAGGAUACUGAAGAAAUAAAUCAAACAAACACUGAAGAUGGAGUGAGGAGUGAAGCUAGACAGAAGGACGUAAACAAAGCUGUUGAAAGCAACGUGACCGAUGAAUAUGAAAAGGAUACAUUUGUUACGGAAAGUGUGAAAAUCAACAAAGUGACAACAACAGAUGCAAAAGAAAAUGAAUUGAGACAGAAAAACGAAAAUGAGGAGAGUGGAGAUAUAGAAAAUAAAAUUGUCAUAGCUAUUGUUGCUAAGCACGGGGAAGGGGAAGAACUCAACGUAGAAAACAUGCAAGUAGGAGAUGAAAACAAGAACGAAGAUCUGAUGGAGCCAACUGAAGAAGAGACAAUCCUUACUAAUGAGACUGGGGAAAGAGAAGAAACAUCAAACAAAGACGAGAACAAAGCUGAAGUAGGCAUAGACGUCAGAGAUAGAGAUGAGGCAGAGAAAAUUGAGCCUGCGGUAAGGGAAGGAAUCAACAACGCAAACACGGAUAACGUGGACGAGAGUGAAGACAAAGAUAAAAACAAGAAUGAAAAUGUGAUGGAUAAAUCUGAAGAAGAGAAGGUUGUUACUAAUGAGGCAACGAAAAAAGAGGAAACAUCAAAGAACGAUAAGAAUGAAGCUAAAGGAAGUACAGACUUCGGGGAUGGAUAUGAGGAGGAGAAAAAUGAAAUAAUCAACAACAUAAACACGGAUAACGCGGACGAGAGUGAAGAAAAAAAUAAAAACAAGAAUGAAGAUGUAAUGGAUGAAGCUGAAAGGAAGGUUGUAAGUAAUGAGGCCCAGGAAAGAGAGGAAACAUCUAAAAAAGACGAGAACGAAGCUGAAGCAAGUAAAGACUUUAGGGAUAGGGAUGAGAAGGAGAAAGGUGAAGAAAUUAACACAGAUAAUGUUGAGGACAGUGAAUCAAGGGAUAUAAAUAAGAACAAAUAUGUAAUGGUUAAAGCUGAAGAAGAGAAGAUCGUUACUAAUGAGACCAAAGGAAGACAGGAAACAUUUGGGAAAGAUGAUAAAGUAGAAGCAAAUGAAGAUGUCAGGGAUAGGCCUGAGGAAGAGAAAAUCAAGGCCAGGGAAGGUGUAGAAGAGAAUGAAGGAAAAAAUCAAAACAAGAACGGAGAUGUGACGGUUAAAGCUGAAGAAGAGAAGAUUGUUAUCAAUGAGGCAGAGAAAGGUGAGGUAACAUAUGAGGUUAAUGCUGAAGAAACUGAGAAAAUGCCAGAAGAACUCUUGGUAGCAGCAGAUGCAGGACAUCCGAUGAGUACGACCGAGGACACAAACGAUAUUCCGAUGAAACACAACCAUGAAAGGCACCAAGUUGACGCUGAAAACGGGGAGACCUCCAACGGAGCAGACAACAGUGAAGACGAGCGAAACAAAAGUGGUGGCACGAUAUUGGAGCACUUUGAGGAAGAAAGAAAAGAUGUGUCUGUGGAGGUGAAGAAAAACAAUGAGGAAUCUGGGUACGCCCAUGAGGUAGAAAUUGAUGCAGAGGAAGUGGUCAGCAAGGACCACUUUGAGCCCCCUAAAAUGGAGUCAAUAGAGGAUUUUAAGUUAGAAGAUCUAAACAGCAGCAGAGAAGAAGACGAGGCUGGGAAAACCAACAAAAACCCUAAAACCGAUCACUCCACAGGAGGUUACGAUCAGUACUCGGCAACUGUAGAUGUCAAUUUGGACGAGACAGUUGAAAAAUUAUACAAAGAAGACAAUUUUUCCAGCAACAAAAAAGUGGCCUCCACUGAGGAGGAGGAGACCAAAAAAGCCUCAAAAGAAGGAGCCAGCGUGUUUCUCCAACCCCAGCCUACAAAGGAUCAGUCCGCCAAUCCUCGCCAUGGAGAAAGUCCAGAGGCAUUAGCGAGAGCGAGCAGUGCUGAGCUGGUCACAAAGUGGCUCACCAUGCAUCAGGCAUCAAAGUUCUUUGAGACCUACGUUGAACCCCUAGAUGACUUCACAGAGUCUGACGUGGGGGCCAGAACAUCAAAGCUUGUGGAGGAGGUUAGUGGUGCAGAAGUAGAGUUUGAAAGUAAAGCCAACGGUGACACUCAGUCAAAACCUGAAAGCUUUCACUUUAAAGAUGAGAGGGUCACCAAUCAAGAAGUGGAUAAUGAGGUGCGUAUCCUAACACCUGACGCUAUAAGUAAACUAACCACAACAGAGAAAAAAGGAUCUCUCACUGACGACAUUAUUGAAUCAACGCAUGGUAACAUCCUUGAAACAUUCCAAAAUGAUAUGGAAAGCAUGUCAGGAACCAAACCGGUGAGUCUCACAGAGAAGGAAACCGAAGCCAUUAAUCACUUUUUUAAAACUGAACAUGAUGAUGACAAGGAUGAACGAACACCCCCCGAUGAAGAUCAGACAACUCCAGGAGGAAGGACACAUAAUGAAUGUCAAGACGCGACGAGCAUGGUAAACCAGGAAGAGCGAGCAAGCGUCAAAGCCAAACCGACCAAUGGGAGUUUGCGGAUUAUUGAUGACGACAUCAGCGAGGACCGUUUGAGUGUGUUGUCAGCGGACAAAACACCAUUUGGUUUAAGUUCUUACUCUUUGUUGGCAUCAGCCAGGACUGAAAGUGGACAUUAGUGCACAACUCAAGAGCGGCACGUUAUAUCAAUAGUGGCACGCUACAUUGUCUGCUCUUGCCUCUUAAAGGGGCUGUUUGCAACUAGCUCAGUUACAUUUCUUAAAACUAAAUAUAACAAAAACACCAUUUCCGAGCUUAUGUUGUCAUUAUUGUUUUUUUCAAACGUCUAUAUUUUUCACAAUAUUUAAUUAUACUGAAUAAAAAUUGCUCGUUGGCUUUAGGAACUAGUUGUUCAAACUCGGAGUCAUCACUCACCGCUAUCUCAUACACAUACACAAAAUCAGUCCCAGAGAAGUCGCUAUAGGCUCCGCAUUCAAUAAGUUAGCUAAUGAGUUAACAUUAGAUUUACGUCAUUGCGUGCUAAAAGCAACAUCUAAUAACAAAUUGGAAAGUUAGCACCAUCCAGGCAUCCGCGUAAAAGUUGCAAACAGCCCCUUUCAUAGAUUUAAAUGUCUUAUACCGUUUUUCAACCAUUUUAAAAAGGAUGUAAGCUGUGGAAUUUAGACAGUUUGAAAGAGCUUUUAGUUAGCCCUUCUGUGUGUCUGUAGCUCAAACGCUAAUGAGCCUGCAUGUACAUGUUUCUCCAAGAAGCGUUAUUGUGCACUUAUUCCACUUUUCUAAAUACACUAACUCUGCACUUGUCCAAAGUAACAUAUGCCAUGUAUCACAUACAACAAUAUAACAUUAACGGGUGGAGUAUGAGGACACAAACAUUAGCAACACUAUAGUUAUGUGCUAGAGUGCUAACAUUACACCAUGCUAAUAUACACAAUAUUGCCAAAAGUAUUUGGCCACCCAUCCAAAUGAUCAGAAUCAGGUGUCCUAAUCACUUGGCGCGGGCACAGGUGUAUAAAUGGGGACUGUUUCUACAAACAUUUGUGAAAUAAUGGGCCGCUCUCUGGAGCUCAGUGAUUUCCAGCGUCAAACUGUAAUAGGAUGCCACCUGUGCAACAAAUCCAGUCAACUGUCGGCUUUAUCAUAAGAAAAUGGAAGAGUUUGGGAACAACAGCAACUCAGCCACCAAGUGGUAGGCCACGUAAACUGACAAAGAAGGGUCAGCGGAUGCUGAAGCGCAUAGUGCAAAGAUGUCGCCAACUUUCUGCACAGUCAGUUGCUACAGAGCUCCAAAAUUCAUUUGACCUUCCAAUUAGCCCACGUGCAGUACGCAGAGAGCUUCAUGGAAUGGGUUUCCAUGGCCGUGCAGCUGUAUCUAAGCCAUACAUCACCAAGUCCAAUGCAAAGCGUCGGAUACCGUGCACGUCGCCACUGGACUCUAGAGCAAUGGAGACGCCUUCUCUGGAGUGAUGAAUCACGCUUUUCCAUCUGGCAAUCUGAAGGACGAGGCUGGGUUUGGAGGUUGCCAGGAGAACGAUACAUUUCGGACUACAUUGCGCCGAGUGGGAAAUUUGGUCGAGGAGGAAUUAUGGUGUGGGGUUGCUUUUCAGGAAUUGGGCUUGGCCCCUUAGUUCGAGUGAGGCACUUUGUAUGCUCCAGGAUACCAAAACAUUUUGGACAAUUCCAUGCUCCCAACCUUGUGUGAACAGUCCCUUCCUCUUCCAACAUGACUGUACACCAGUGCACAAAGCAAAUUCCAUAAAGACAUGGAUGACAGAGUCUGGUGUGGAUGAACUUGACUGGCCUGCACAGAGUCCUGACCUGAACCUGAUAGAACACCUUUGGGAUGAAUUAGAACGGAGACUGAGAGCCAGGCCUUUUCGACCAACAUGAGUGUGUGACCUCACCAAUGCGCUUUUGGAAGAAUGGUCAAAAAUUUGAGAGAGUUGAAGCUGAAAUAGCUGCAAAAGGUGGACCGACAUCAUAUUGAACCCUAUGGGUUAGGAAUGGGAUGGCACUUCAAGUUCAUAUGUGAGUCAAUGCAGGUGGCCAAAUACUUUUGGCAAUAUAGUGUAGGUUAGCAAAAACACAAUCAAACUCCCAAAUCUGUAGGUAACGGACAGAUAGUUGGCAGAGCGUCAGCCUUUAUUUUAGGGAGAUGAUAGAAUUUCCGUACAUUUAGUGGGCAUUGACGGGCUCUAGGUGUUGGGAUACAUAGCCUAUUGUACAUAUUUUACAACAUUAUUAUUAUUAAUUAAUUAUUAUUAAUUAAUUGAUUAUGUUAAUUAAUUAGUUUGCUGAAUAAUGUUAACUACUGCAAACACUUUUCAUUGCACACACCACGUUAACAGUGGAAGGUAUUGAUUGAUAUCGCUCGCCUCUUACCUGCGAACAGAUACUCCUCCAUGCACUCUCAAACGGUUAAAUUAUUCAUAGACGUCUUAGCUUACCCCCAAACACACAUACUUUUACAUGAAGCGCGUUCCAAGUUUAACGGUCGACAUUCCAUUGCUGUGAUGGAACGUUUGUUCAUAUUUGCCUAUCUAGUAUGUGGGUGGUUAAAUACUAUGUGAAAACAUUGUAAACUCUACCUCUAUUUGCUGUUAAAAGCAUGUGUUAUCCUGAAGUGUGUGUUUGUAGGGUUUCACUGAAUAAAUUAAA